CUUCCGAGCUAGUCGUUUCUUUAAUUUUAACGAUUUUUUCAUGUUUUGUUUCUCUGGGGCUUUGUUGUGAAAAGAAAUCAAAGGCAGCCCUGCACCGUGGAUAGCAAAGGCUUAAAGCAUAUUUCUACAUUUAUAGGUACAAAAGAAUGGACUUCAAGAUAUUAGUACUGCUUCUAGCGUCUACCACAAGAUGUGUCUGUGUGUUCAUAUCCAAUCCUACCAGCAACGCUACAGAAAGACAUCGCCUUUACACAGAACUUUUCGUUAAUCAGGGCUACAACUCUAAGAUUACUCCAUUCCAAAAUCAACCUCGGUCUUUUAAUGUAAAAAUUGCUUUCUAUCUUGAAAAGAUUAUUGACUUAGAUGAGAUAACCGAAACAUUAAAGACAACAGCCUUCAUGAGCAUAGCAUGGUACGAUACAUACUUGCAAUGGGAUCCUUUGGAAUUCAACCUCUUACUUUUGACAUAUUGGCCUCAGGACGAUGUUUGGAAGCCAGAUCUAGUUCUAGCCAAUUCAGUUAAAUCAUAUGAAAGUCUUGGACAUGAAACUAUUUUGGUUGAAAGUUUUGUUUACGGUGAGAUUAGGUGGUUCCCUCAUGAGGUGUUUGAAACGGCGUGUGAUAUAGACAUGACUUAUUACCCAUAUGAUAUACAAACUUGCGAAAUAAAGUUGAUGUCGUGGAGCUACACUGCAAUUAAUCUAACCGCAGUAUCUAAUAAUGUGUUGUUAACCUAUUACGAUGCCAGCCCUGUAUGGGAAAUCCACGACACAAGUGUAAAACAUUCAGAAAGAUUGGGCGUGGAUGUCCUUAUUUAUGAAAUAAAGUUGAAGCGGAAACCCCAACACGCACUGAUGACAUUAUUUCUUCCAGUUCUGUUAGUAAAUAUUCUAGGACUUUUCGUGUUUGCAAUACCUAACGGUGGUAACAGAUCAGGAUACGCGGUUACAGUAUUCCUAGCUUUCUCCUUCUACUUGACCAUUGUAGAUUCUGUUAUGCCUCCGCAUUCCGAGAAGAUACCGCUCUUUUCGAUAUAUCUAGUUGUUCAAACUGCCCAGUCAACAAUCAUCACAAUUUUAUCUGUACUUUUAACGAAAGCAGAAUUAAUGGACAAGGACACGGCAGUACCACGUUUUCUUGUGUUUCUCGUUAAAAUUAGCAAAGUAUUCUGUAAGAAAAAUACCAAAUCUAACAAGGUCCAUACAAUUGAAAGCAUUGAGACAGAAGCAACUUCAUCUUCGGAUAACAUUACCGAUAACAACAAGGAAGCCAAAAAUGUCACGGAAACAACACACUUUACUUGGGACAUGGUUGUCGACGCCGUUGAUAAAAUAGCAGCAAUAUUCUUCACUUUAACUUUAGUUUCUACUUCUGCAGGUUUCUUUUAUGCAAUCUUUCGUGAAAACAAAUGACAGAUUCGUUUAAUGAAACCUAUAAAAAUUGAAUAUGAAGUAAGUUUUAUCUUAAACUAGAUUAUUCGUUGUUCCAUCAAUCACUUGUUAAUCUACAUGUUUUGACGAGAGAGAACUAAAAAUGUUUUCUUAAUAAUGAACUGAAAUAGGGACUACAUCCGAUUUUCUAUCCAAAUUGUCGAAAAAUAAAAUAGUGCUUUUUACUGUAGAAAUUUUGCGAAUUUCGGCGUAUUGAUACCACGAGGAUAAGCCUUCAUGAAUACAAGUUUGCGUUAACGUUGAACAUAUACUUUUUUUCAAUUCUGUCAUUUAUGCAUGGACAUUUUGUAAUAAUAUAUAUAACAUAACAAGACAUGUCUUUAUAAGUGUAUGAAUGUUUUCUACAUUUAACACGAUUACUUUUCUGUUAACACUGUCGCUUUUUCCAGUUGACUGAUUUACGAAACUAUGUAUAUGUACUGUUAAAAUGUUUAUUUAUGUAAACUAAAACUGGACGAACGGCUUACUAUCUUGAAAGUUAUUUUCUGUCACUUAUUUUUACAAAAAAAAUACUGCCGUAAAUUUUACAAGUCACGAAAACUUCAACAAGUCGAAUCUGACGCAUAAAAAUCAUUAAAUUGAUAUUUUUUCUUUAAACAGCUAUAUAAAUUACUGCUGAUUAUAAAUAUUGUUUACAACACAUGUAUAUGUACACGUAUAUUCACUUUAUAAAACUAAUGUGAGCAUAGUACAAUGCAUGAUAAAACUUCUCGACAAGGAUUUAAUUUCAUUCUUUAGAAUUUCUUAUUUUAUAAUGUUUCAUCCAGGAACGCAUGAUUUAUCUUUUAGUAAAAAAUUUUGAUUGCAGAAAUUUAUUAAAACCUAUGAAUAUCUUUCUGAAUUUAUUGAAUUUGAAUAAAAUAAUGCACAAAUUAUGUUUGGGAAGUUGCAUUCCCUAUUACUGGUCAAGAUAAUUUCGUCUUUUCUGCCAGUAAUUCACUAUAUAUGACACUAUAUAUUCAUAUUGUAUAUACCUGUAAAUAUUUUAUAGCUUUAAAAGUAACACAUCUUAUCUGUGUGUACAAAGAAAGGUUUAUUUUUUUACAAAUAUCAAAUUUGAGCAAAAUAUAUCUUUGUUAAACCAGGCCAAUAUAAAUAUCCCGAAAUUUGAUACAUAAAUAGGUAUAAGUAAUAGCAUAAAUAUGUUUUAGCAAUUUUACUACAAGAACAAACCAUACACAUGUCAUUUUAUGCGGGGCAAUAAAAUCGGCUGCAAUUUUCAAAUGUGAUUUAUUUCAUUCACAAAAAAGACAUAUCUUUUUAAGUGUAAGAAUGUAUUCUACAUUUAGCACGAUAACUUACCUGUAAACACUGUCACUGUUAUAAUCCAUUGUUUUCCACUUGAUUGAUUUACUAAACCAUGUAUGUGCACUGUUAAAAUGUUUAUUUAUUUAUACUACGCAUUUUGAUAAAACAGGACGAACGGCUUACUUUCUCUAAUGUUAUUUUCUGCCACUUUUUUUACAAAAAUAGCAGCCGUAAAGUUUACAAGUCACGAAAACUUUAACAACUCUAAAAGUGACGCAUAAAAAUCAUUAAAUAGAUAUUUUUCUUUAAACAAAAUACAACUAUAUAUAUUAAUGCUGAUUAUAAAUUUUGUUUACAACACAUGUAUAUGUACGAGGGAUGAUCAAAAAUUAACCGGACUUUGUAAAUGAUUCGUUACCUGUUAAAUGAAUUUACAUAAAAAUACACGGAACAUAAAUCGGAAUCUAUUCCCUAAAUGAUACAAAAAAUACCAACAAGAAAUAUAAACAAAUAAAAAAGUUAUGCAGUUAGUGUCAUGUACAUGUAAAGCAAUGUGGCGCACGGUAUAACUUUGAAAUUGACGUUAACGACGUCACAAGCGUAUUUUCCCUAACGGAGCAGUUUUUUACUCAUUCACAGAGUAUGCCAAUAAGUGGAACAGUCAUAUUGUUGAUGCGGCGGAUCCACUGCCUAUAUAUAUUUCUGUACUAGUCGGUAUCAUAUUGUAUUGAAAAGGAAUGGAUGUUGAUAAAGAACUCCUGUAAUGACGCAAAUUUCCGUUCUUUCCUUCUGUAACUUGAUUGCUGGAAAAAUUGCACAUGCAAUAAACUAUAUUUUGUACAUGUAUAUUGAGUUUAUAAAAAUUAAUGUGAACAUAGUACAAUGUAUGAUAAAACUUCUUGACAAGGAUUUACUUUCAUUCUUUAGAUUUUUUUCAUUUUAUAAUGUUUCAUCCAACACUUUAUUUAUCUUUUUGUAAAAUACUUUGAUUGCAGAAAUCUAUUGAAAACUCGGAAAUAUUUGCUGAAUUAAUUGAAUUUGAAUAAAAUAAUGCACAAACUAUGUUUGGGAAGCUGCAUUCCCUAUUACUGGUCAAGAGACUUUUGUCUUUUCUGCCAGUCAUUUUAAUGACACUAUAUAUUCAUACUGUAUAUACCUGUAAAUAGUUUAUAGUUUAAAAAGAAACAUGUCUUAU